AUGGAGAUCCAGCAACGCAAACGGGUGGCCAUCACGUCGUCCUUCUUCCCUGUGGACGAGAGUCUGUUACCCCAAUUAAAUAUCUCGCCGGCGCAGCAUGAGGAACUGCGUCGAUAUGCGCUUCAAGCGGCUCUAGACACGGUGCGGGACGGACCGACGUGGGGACGCUCCAACAUCGAGCGCGCUGUGUCCAGCGGCUGGAAGGUGCUCUCGGCUCGCCCCACAGCCUGCUUUAUGACUAAGCGGCAAACCAAGAAGAAGAAGAAGAGCAAACGGCAGACCCAGCAACAGUGCGAGCAGGUGCAAGAAGAAAAUGAUAAACGGGUGACUCCUCCAACCCCGCGCGUCACUAUCCCGGGCGUCACAAGUCUCGGCAGCUUCCACGGUACCGACAUCGUUCGAGGUCAGAGGAGCUUCCAACCAUUCGCCCGUGUACCCUUGGAAGCCGCCAGUGGACAGCACUUUAUGGCUCAUGCAGUGCUGCCAAACUCCCUGGAAGACGUCAUGAAUAAGCUGUACUGUGAACAUACACGUGAGAUGCGAGCGUUGAAGCGGAAAGUAUACGGAGAAGCAGCUUUGGAUUGCUGCGUGUUACAGACUCUCGAAGGCGCUACAUUGGAAGACCCGUUCUGGUAUUUAGGACUCAAGUGGUUGGCUCUACGCUCUCCCAUGCAAGCGUUGAUGGCGAGUCGCGAGUUUGUGUAUCUUGAACAUCUAGGUACACAUGUGGACCCGGAAACAGGACGUCGAAUGUUGUAUCGAGUGACUCAGUCCGUGCAUGUUCGAGGAUAUGGCGGACAGGACUCGUACUUCGGUCUGACACGUGGACAUAUUGAAGCUGCUUUCGUCUACUGGAUGGAUGACGAAAACGAAGUGAGAAACCCUUUGUUGCACGUGUGUGCUAAGGGCAGAAUCCACAUGAAGGGAAGUAUGCCGGACGCCAUUGUGUACAAGUAUCUUAAGGCAUUCUGGCGCUCAGAACGCUCGCUAUUCCCUGCCAACCGAUCGUCUGGGUCCUCAUUUGGCAUAAGUAUGACCGACCAGGACGGUGUCGAACAAGUACCGAAGAAAUCGUCCACGAAGAAGAAGAGAAAGUCCAGACGUCGCAAGGUCCCAACUGGUCCACCGCUCGAGAUGGCGCACGAAUGGGUCGCUGACGAGCUUCGUCCACGUUGUUCCGUGUGCAACAAGAAAUUUCGUCUAGUUAGACGCUUCAAGCAUCAUUGCCGUGCUUGCGGUGAAGUUAUCUGUCGUGAGUGCACGUUCCAUUACCGCGUCAAUGUUCGAGCUACUCAGAGCUUUCGUGGCUUACGAGGAACCAUAGCAACACCGGUGGACGUUGCUGCGGACACUAAAGCACUCGAGGAUGAGCCUCCAUCCACGAAAUUUGACGAAACAAUGACUUGUAGCUUUGAUAAUCAAGUGGAAGAGGAGGAGAGCAAAGGUGGGGAAUUCAACGCGAGUUUGAGUUUAGUGAAUGCAAGGAAAGCGGUCAACGGACCACUGGAGACGGCGGUGCUUGGUGGUGACUCGAUCGUGUGCGUGGUGAUGGCCAAGGUGUGUCUACGUUGCUUACACAGCGUGCCGAUCGUCAACAAGUCCUCGCAACGACGAAGACACAGCGAGAUGGCACUCAAUGGAUCGCUCCCUGGAGGCAUCAGCGAGACCGAUCCAGACUUUGGUUUGAGUGGAGAUUGCGGUCUGCGUCCUCAAACAUGGACGCCAGACAACCGAGAAGUGGAAGAACUUGACGGUCUUGAUGACGAACCAGGUCAGAGUGGACGUGAGUUGGACCUCCCGAUGCUGGUAGUGGACGAUGAGGACAAUGAGAGUGUCGAUGGUCUUGCUGAAAUGAAACGCAGACCGGGAUCGUACGCGUGCGACGCGAGACCGGGGUCAUCUAUGUUUGUUCGGCCUGGUUCCUAUGCUCAGGAAUGGAAUGGGCAAGAGGAUGGAGCCCUGGAUAGUCAUGCCAACCACGAGCGCGUAGUAAUUCUAUCGCCUCACGCGCUGUCUACUUCGUCCUCUGUUACAUCAGCACACAGCCAACACAGUGGCGACAUCUCCAGUGACCUCGACAAUGAAGACAAUGACUCCAUCCAAUUCUACCCGACGCAGACGAAUUGCCUCCCGGACGAGGAGUCCAAGCCACCGGCUGAAGAAUGUCAAGGACGUGUGAGUAGCUACACGGCAAACUUCGACCCGAACAACCUAUUCGAGCUGAAAGAUGAGGAAGAUGAACUCGCUUCUAGCGCUGCUACAGCGAAAGCCACUGUGAGCGCUACCGAGCGAGUGUUGCGUCGUAUGCGCGACCUACAGGACGAAGCCCUGUACCAAACCCGCCAGAUCCCGUCGCCGUCGCCGUCCACGACUUCGUUGUUCAGCGAAGACGACGACGCGUGCAGCGAGAUCGACGAGCCCAUGCAAGAUCUCCGUCAAGCACUCGCACAAGUGGAAAGCUCGUUGGCAGAUCAAGCUCGUAUCCUCUUUACCAUCGAACAGGAACGCAAAAGGGAGGCAGCAGCAGCAGUCUCCACUGUUACCGCUGCCAAGGUAUAA